ACUACUCCCUCACCCCUUCUACCCGCAGGCCAACGGUCUGGGCACGCAAACCGCAUCCGAGAGAGAGGUCUCGGCCGCAAAGCUCGCGAGAGGACAUGUCCGCGACGGCGGCGAGAGAGGAUUCAUCAACGUGCUGUAAUUAAGAGGCCAGUUGCCUGGACACAAUGGACCACUUAGGGACAGCAGACACUGAGGAUGAUUCAGGAUCAUUAACAAAUCUUGCUCCUAGUCCUCAUAGUGAAGCAGUUGCUCAUGAAUUUCAGGAACUCUCAUUGCAGCCUAGUCAGUAUUUACCUCCCCUCACUGAACGAAAGAAUGUACUUCAGCUUAGGCUGCAGCAAAGACGGACAAGAGAACAACUGGUGGACCAGGGCAUCAUGCCACCUUUGAAAAGCCCAGCUGCAUUCCAUGAGCAGAGAAAGAGCUUGGAACGAGCCAGGACUGAAAAUUUUCUGAAGCACAAGAUUCGCAGCAGACCAGAUCGAUCAGAAUUGGUCAGAAUGCAUAUUCUGGAAGAGACAUUUGCAGAACCCUCACUGCAGGCAACUCAGAUGAAACUGAAGAGAGCUCGGCUGGCAGAUGAUCUGAAUGAGAAGAUUGCUCAGAGGCCUGGCCCUAUGGAACUGGUGGAAAAGAACAUCCUUCCUGUAGACUCCAGUGUUAAAGAAGCAAUUAUAGCAGUUGGACAAGAGAGUUAUCCCCAAGCUUUGGAUGAUUACUCAUUUGAUGAAGACAGCAGUGACGCUUUAUCUCCAGAUCAGCCUGCUAGCCAGGAAUCCCAGGGUUCAGCAGCGUCUCCUGGUGAGCCAAAAACAAGUGACUCGCCAUCAUCAGUCACACCGAACACUACUUCUACCACACAGUAUCUCUCAUUAACCUCUGCAGUCCCUGAAUUCCUAAAGCCUGCCCCCACCACUGAGCAGCACACUACACACUCUACAACUACUACUACCACUCUGACCACAAAUACUCUAUCUGCAGCAAAGCCUGGGCCAACUUUGGUAAAGCAAAGCCACCCCAAGAACCCAAAUGACAAGCAUCGGAGCAAGAAAUGUAAAGAACCUAAGCCUAGGGUAAAGAAGUUGAAGUAUCAUCAAUAUAUCCCACCUGAUCAGAAAGGUGAGAAGAACGAGCCACAGAUGGACUCCAAUUACGCUCGUUUACUACAGCAACAGCAGCUUUUUUUGCAGCUGCAGAUCCUGAGCCAACAGCAACAACACUACAACUACCAGACAAUUCUACCUGCACCGCUCAAACCUCUCAGUGACAAACAGAACAACAACGGGAAUAUACCACUGACUACUUUGAGCAACAGCACACCUACGUCAGUAGCCUGCACACCAAGACAGAACAGUAAUAUUCCCAGCAGAAAACCAGGACCGCUUCCUUCAAGCUUGGAUGACCUGAAGGUAGCUGAACUGAAGAUGGAAUUGAAAUUAAGGGGAUUGCCAGUGUCUGGAACUAAAACAGAUCUUAUUGAGCGUCUAAAACCCUACCAAGAUCUUAAUAAUAAUAAUAAUGGUGUCAAUACUAAUAAAGUGGUUGCAAUAACCACUUCUACUGGUGUCAUCAGUAACACGGGGGAGGUAACUGUGGCAUUCCCUGUUACAGCAUUAAAUAAAUCAGUGGGGAGCUUUCCUUCAGAAACGUCGUCUGCUGGAUCUGGCUUCAAAUUAGCACAUACUGAAAGCAUUAGCUCCCCUUUGCCCAUUUCACCAUCUCCUUCAGAACAAUCAAGUCUGAGCACAGAUGACACAAACAUGACAGAUACUUUCACAGAAAUGAUGAGCAUGAUGUCACCAUCCCAGUUCUUAAGCACUUCACCUCUAAGAGUGACUGUGAAUGAAGACAGUCUGAGUCAUGGCAGUGGAAGCAUUUCAAGCAUGGAGCUUGAUGCAGCAGAAAAGGACCGCAAGCUUCAAGAAAAAGAGAAGCAGAUUGAAGAGCUCAAAAGGAAACUGGAACAAGAACAGAAACUUGUGGAAGUACUGAAAAUGCAACUGGAGGUUGAAAAACGGGGUCAGCAGCAGCAGCAAUCCCAGACUCCUGUUAACUCCAUAACUACGCUGGAUCAGAAACAAUUAAAUGCUGCUAUCAAAGAUGAAAAUACUCUCACUGAUUGCUCUAGUCCAAGGCAACCAGUAUCUGUAAUGAGCCAUUCUUUAGGACAGCCAGUGUCUACUGGUGGCCAGAACCUAAUUGCUAAAAAGGCUGUUGUUAUCAAACAGGAGAUACCUUUGGCCAAAGCUGAACCACAGAAUGUAAUCUCUCAAUUCUAUGUGAGUUCACAGAGGCAGCCACAAACUGCAGCUUCAUCACAAGUAUCUGCGCCUGUUUCAUCUUCUGGUCUAGUUCAGACAGCACCACAGAUUCAUGGUCCACCAUCAAAACAAAAUACUGUCACCCAGUAUGUGCUUAGUCAGGCCCAACAAAUCAGAAAGGUUUUCCCAUCUAAUACAUCAAAUACAGUAUUUCCCUAUCAAAAUCCACCUGUUACAACACUACAGCAGUCUUUUAUCAAUAAGGCAUUAAACACUAGCCUUGAUGCUGGGAAGAACCAGGUUCCCUCAGUGCAAAAUGGACCCAGUAAGCCUGACUCACCACCUGAGUCCCAGCCAUAUAUCACACAACACUCUCUAUUCAGCAAUCCAGUAACCAAGACAAAAGACCCUCCACGUUAUGAAGAGGCCAUAAAACAGACCCGCAACAUGCAGGCAUGUCAGCGAGAGAUUUCAAAUGCACACAGUCAGCAGAUGGAUGAUCUCUUUGAUAUCCUCAUUAAGAGUGGAGAGAUUUCCCUCCCUAUAAAAGAGGAACCAUCUCCCAUUUCCAAAAUGAGACCAGUUACAGCCAAUAUCACCACAAUGCCAGUGAACACAGUGGUAUCUCGCCCACCACCACAAGUCCAAAUGGCACCUCCUAUGUCUUUAGAACCAACAAACAGUUUGUCUCUAAGUUUGGAGAACCAACUUGAAGCUCUCUUGGAUGGAACUUUACCUUCAGGUAAUGAAAUUCCUCAACUAACAAGCAGUCGCGAGGACAGAGAAUCAUUUUCUCUGAUUGAAGAUCUUCAGAAUGAUCUGCUUAAUCACUCCAGCAUGCUUGAUCAUGCUCAUUCACCCAUGGAAACAGCUGACCAACAAUUCACUGCUAAUAGUUCCUGUUUAUCUCUUGACCUUCCUGACACAAAUUUAGACAAUAUGGAGUGGUUAGACAUUACCAUGCCCAAUUCCUCAUCGGGGCUUACUCCUCUGAGCUCUACUGCCCCAAGUAUGUUUUCCACUGACUUUCUAGAUCCACAAGACCUACAGCUGCACUGGGAUUAA